AUGGCAGAAUUUAUAGAACACAACUUACAAGGUGUUGAUUCGGCUAUAUUAGCUGUUCCUGUAGCUCUUGCAGAGGGAAUAGUUUGGGAGGAUCUUGCUCGGAUGGUGAAGGAUGAGAAGAUGGCAGGAAACCCUAUUGCUGGCUUAAUUGACAAGCUCCAUUUUGAAAAGAACUGCAUGAUAGAAGUUGUUUUAGCACUUUCAGCACAUGCCAACUCUCAGAGGUGGUAUGAACUGAAGAAAAGCCAGGAGCGCAAGCAGGGAAAAACUUUUACCCCGCAUAAAAAAGCUUUUAAAUUGGCUGAGAAAAAGAUCCAUCUCCAGCUUUCUCAGGUUUGA